CGAGUUUAUCCUGUCUUAUUAACAGGGUAAAAGUGACCAGGUGUAAACGGACUGUCGACACGCUAUCAGUGAAGACGCGAUUGGAACGCGUCCUCAUAGUAGAAUUUGUAACACAGUUUUGAAUGAUGUGUGGGCGCAUCUUUUGGCCAAAAUGCUCUGGGUGCUUCGUCCGGGAGACACGUGUACACUAUCCAUUUCAUCUGGCGGACGCCGUCUGCAGGGUACCGCGGUCGAAGAAAGUUGCCCGCGCGCAGUGGUGUAGCGACAGCCGUCUUUUUUCGCUGUGUGCAUGCGCUUUCCUUCAUUGAUCCCGUCACUGCCUGGCAGCUGCAUCCCACUUCUUGCAUGGAAACAUUCGGCAUUCUGGAUUUCUGGGACGCCUGGGUUCCUGUUUUCUGUUUCCGAGUGUCUUCUGUGUGCGGAGGCACACAGUGCAGCGCGUCCGUGUUUGUCCGCCGCUCCCUCGGCGGUAGGCAAGCCGCGAGGCUCUUUUUUCGACUUUUUCCCGUCUCUGCACUGCGGCUUCGCCACGAUGCCGCGGCUGCGGUCCGGUCGUGACACAGCUGACUUCCCCAGCUCCCCUUCGGGGGUUCCGAGUUCAGAGGCAGGGAGCUCCGGUUCCAGGAGCCGUCUCCCUCCCCUAGGGAGCAAAGCCGAUGAGGACGUGGCUGCUUAUGUGGCCGAGCUCCUUUCCUUUCCUCCGCCUCUCGUUUCCACGGGGAAGGGCGGUCUCCAGGGAUGCACAUGCGGAGCGAACAGCAGCAGUUGCAGCUGCAGCAGUAGCAGCUGCAUCGACUGGGCAGCGCUACGCUUGGAGCAACACAGGCGGCGCAAACAGUUGACGCUUCUCCGGUCACCCGUUCGCGUCCUGAGGAACUUCGCGCUCAGCGUCUGCAACUUCCUCUGCGCCGCUGUCCAUUACUUGGCUGUGCACCGCAUGACUCUUUGGCUGUUUGCGCUCUCCGCGGGGCUCUUCGGGCUGAGCUUUUUGGACGGCCCCCAUCGGUGGUAUCUUCAGGAGCUGUGGAUCGACGUACGUGUCGCGGUGUGGUGGGUCGGCCUGGGCGUCCUCAGCUCGAUAGGCCUCGGCAGCGGCAUGCAUAGCGGCCUGUUGUUCCUCUUUCCGCAGAUCUACUUCAUCUGCGCGACCGCCGAAGUGUGUGGUAACCUCGAGUUCGAUGCCCGGUCCAACAUGUGGGAGAACGUGCUGAAACCCGGCGAAUAUUUCGCCUGCGGGCCUCUCUCGGCUUCUGGAGACGGCGCAAGGGUGACUUUUCUCGGGCUCGUGUGGAAGGCGUUUCCCUACGCGCUCUUGUGGGGUUUCGGGACUGCUCUGGGGGAGCUGCCGCCGUACGCCGCCUCCUACGCGGCUGCACGGAGCAAGUUGGCUGACGAAGAGUUUGCGGAACUGGAGGAGGAAAUCCGAGCCGGAAAACCCUCUAUGGUGACCCGCAUGAAGGUGUGGAUGCUGGAACUCGUGCAAAACUACGGUGCCUUGUCCGUGUUCCUGCUCUCGUGCUGGCCAAACAUGCUGUUCGACCUCUGCGGCAUCGUCUGCGGCCACUUCAUGAUGCCGUUCUGGGAGUUCUUCAUCGCGCUGUUUCUGGGAAAGGCGGUUGUCAAGACCUUCAUGCAAAUCGCCUUCUUCGUAUUCCUCUUCUCGCCGAGAUACGACCACCUACGCGCACACUUCGUGGGAGAAGUCGCACGGAUCUGGCCCAUCAGCACGAUCGUCGAGAACAAGUACGGCGGCGUGGCGCAGUUCGAACAGUUUGUGCUCAAGGAAAUCAACUACUUGCGUGCAGGGAUUGAGAAGAAGGGCCCAGACGCGACCGGCUGGUCCGUCUCCACAGUAUUCGGGGGCAUUGUCGCGGCCUUCAUUUUUCUCUUCUGCCUUGCAUGCAUCGAGCAGUUCAGUCAGAUCUACCAGAAAAACAAAGACGAAGAACUGAAUGCCCGCAUCGCCGAAAUGCUCGACGAACAAGACCACUCAUGCUCGCCCUUCACUGACAAAAAACGAAACAAAGUUCACAAGUCGUCCUAACCAAUCACUUUCCCUCUGCUCUCCAGUUUUCCAGUCGCGAUUGACAAAAAAGCAUAUAUAUAUAUAUAUAUAUAUAUAUAUAUAUAUAUAUGCGUGAACAGAAUACCUUCAUCUGCAAAUGCGUGUGGCAGUGUAGUGUUCUGUCUAUAACUGUUCGCAGAGGCACAUACGCGUGCAUACAUGGUACAAGUAUGUGUGUCUACACAAAGGUGUAUAUUGGCGUACUUGUUACUCCAUGUGGUUCACAAUUGUCGGAAUUCCUUUCGUGCUGCUGCUUCCCGGUACAACGGCUGCAGCGAUCCCGUCUCGUGAGGGCAGUUUACCGAACGAAAGAUUGGCGUACGGUAGGUAUUUUAGGCCCGCUGUGUUUUUGCCUUGAAGAUAAACUGAAGUGCAAGAGAGAGCUUUCGUCUUUUCUUCCCUUUCUGGCCAACCUCAGUGCCCGACACUGACAGUCCCUGUUCUGUUCCUCAAAAAUAGGUUGCCGUACAUCCUGGUAUCCGCUACGAUGGCGAGCGCUGUGAAACAAAUAUCAAAUUGAAAGUGCAGUGCCUUUCCGAGGCAUGCCACUUGCCUUUUGACGGGAACACGCUCUUCACUAUUGUUGCUACGCCACCUGUAGCGCCCUCUUGUUGAUCGAUCGGGGAGUUCGAUCAGGUGCACGCAGAUGUCUUCCCUAUUUGACAGACCAAGCGAUAGGCACGAAGCAAGCUACGCCAUGUGUAGACGGAUCUAAGCCAAGCAAAUACAUAAAAAGGCAGCGUAAGUACCAUAGAAGGUACGAAGCAAGGCAACAGAAAACUCGACAAGGGUGCAGACCCUUUUGCCAUGCGGCUCUACCCGGUUCUGGCGCACAUUUGUCUGUCCUCUCAUUACACUGGUACCAGCCACGUAUGUUGCGACCUACACUUCCCACGUAGUCGUCUUUGAACAAGAGUACACUAAGACGAUGCAGUUCACCUUCCGUGUGUAAAAACAGCGACGCAUACCACGUCCUGCAAGCUCCUUUAGCAGACGGAACAGCGGGUGUGUGUGUCAACGAAGACAUCUUCACGUGUGCAUCAUUUGAGAAUACAGAAGAGCGGCUAACCAGUCGUCUGUUCCUAAGAGAGCGAGCGAGGUUGCAUUUGCUUUCGAGAUGACGGGGCCAAACAAGAUCCCAGAUCACUCCGACUGGAAGGCUUGAAACACCACCUCGAUUCGACAGCCCCCGCAAACUCCAGUCUAACCUAAAUAAAACGCCUUUGGUGUUGUAGUACACCCACACGCUUUUUCACCAAAGUAUGGGCCAUCCUGGACCAUGCGUCCGCUAAGCCCAUCACAGAAUCUCCCCAAGAUGGGUAGUUGAAAAGCAGUUGGCAAGGUUCUACGAUUUCAAUACAACCGCAAACAACACUGUGUUCACCUCUCGGAUCACAACUUAUACUGAAAAAAUGCAUGUUUUAUACCGAGCACAUAAAAGAUUCUAUGAAGGCGACGCAUGCUACGACGACGCGGUGCUCGCGUACACAAUGACAUAAACGUGUGAUAGCUACAAGUUCCACACACGCUUCAAAUACAUGAGUGGUUGAGUCUCUGGCACCCUUGACCAUCAAUGAACACACAAAACAUGGUUAUGUCCUGCAGAAACAGAGUCACCCAUCUGAGAAACCGACGUUCUAAGCUAAAAGUGACGCUGAAGGCGCCCUACCGAAACCUCGUGGACAGGAGACGCAUUCUGCGACUGGUUCAUGCGCAUCUACAAAAGCAGUUCUCUACAAAUGCCAUCUCUUGACUUCACAUACACGAGAAACCACGGUUUCAACUCGAAAUGUUUGAAUCCGCGACACCCUAGCAGUGAUAACAGUGUUGUUGACGCAAAUCAAGCCGGGGGUAGCGAACUCCUGGCAACUUCAUUAUGAAAGAAAGCCGGGUUGCUAUGAUCGCACGCAAGCUAAAGGCCAACCUGGGAAAAACCUCUACAGGAGUGCGCAGAAACUCCUGAAGGACGCAUCGAUUACAGCUGACAUCUUCCAAUGCUGUUCUCUAAAACACCGGUGCGUCACGAAAAAAUGUCAGCGUCUGGGUCCGUUGUUCCCCUGCAGUUUCUCAUCUGUUUUCUUGUUAUCUCGAUCGUUUCACGCUCGCGGCAAAGGUGGAAAAGUGUACCUGCCACAACAGAAGACCAAACAGACGCUGAGUCUCCAGGGUUCCGGAAACUCUGUUUGGCUUGUAGAAAAGCUGUGGAUGCUCAGGUGUGUGACACGCGUUCUCCUUCCCCUGCAAAACCGCUUCGUCACCAGCAAAAUCAGAAGCGGUGCUCGUGAGAAGGUAGCCAGAGAAAAGCAGGAAUUGCGCUCAUGCAUCACGACUGACAUGCUAACACGCCGACAUAUAUAUAUAUAUAUAUGCAUAGAAAUACACCAGGAUGAAACACUUUGCAUUUACAGAUACAUACACAACAACAGCGCUCGCACUGUAAUAGAGGAGCAUGACUGAGAGACGUAGGCCAUUCGGGAUUAAACCCGUCUACCCGUCGGGUACCCUUAAAAUUUUCAGGAGGAAAGGCGACAAAAUUCCCUCGUGGAAAUCAGCUGUUUGAUCUCCGCAUAAAAGGAACUGGAGGACGCACGAGAAGUGCAGUCUCUCUGCUCCCACUCAGACGAACGAGACUAGAAGUCUUCAUCAUCUUCACCCAGGGACUUUUCUGCCUUUACCGAGCACUAUUUACACAAGAAGCACCUCAGAAACCAUGUGAAACACGGACUCAGUCGAAAGGAAGAGCUCCAGUCACAGACACGGGAAGACGGCAACGAGCACUCCACCUUCCAAAAAAGCAACACAUAGAGGUACCUAUAUGAA